AUGCAGACUCCUCAUAACAAUAGCGCCCCCGAAUGCGCCGGCGGGUGUGGGUUUUACGGGUCAGCGGCCACAGACGGGUAUUGUUCCGUAUGUUAUAAACAAAGGCUUGAGGCUGCGUCGUCGACCGGGAAAACUCCUACGCCUGCUACCGCCCCCGCCCCUGCUGCAACCCCUGUUGGUGAGUCGACGGAAGAAAGUGCGCCAACAGAGCAGAAUCGGCCGGCAACUGACACGAGUUUGUCAACCCAGCCAGCAGCCGUAACUCAGCGAACAGCUGACCCAACGACUCAGCCUGCGGCCGUGAAUCAAUCGGACAAGACAAGAUGCUAUCAAUGCAAUAAGCGCGUUGGACUGUUGGGAUUCAAAUGCCGGUGCGGAGCCAUAUGCUGCCGACCGCAUCUACACGCCGAAGAGCACAACUGCACAUUCGAUUACCAAUCAUUGAACAAACAGGUUCUAGAAAUUCGUAAUCCCAAGGUCAUCACUGAAAAGCUCGACCGCUUCUAG